UUUCCAUCUUCCCCCAACUUUCAUUCUUCACCCAACUCCUCUCUCUCUCUCUCUCUCUCUCUCCCCAACCUUUUCAAUAAGUGCCCUCUCUUUCUCUCUCUACCCAAACAGAAAAUCCACCACCGCAGAACACCACAUUAAUAACAAACAAAAUCCCACAAAUGGGCGUCAACUCCAGCGACCGACCCGACGGGUACCGGCCGGAACCCACGAAACAGGCCGCCGUCGCCCCCACCGCCGCCACCCCCAUCCCGUCCCCCGAUCAGGAGCAGCGCCACCACGACGUCUGCCUGCCGCCGCACAUGACCACGCUCCAGAAACUGAAGAAGCGGCUCGCCGAGGUCUUCUUCCCCGACGAUCCCCUCCACCGCUUCAAGAACCAGACCGGGCCCCGCAAGCUCCUAUUGGGCCUCCAGUUCGUCUUCCCCGUCUUCCAGUGGGCCUCCCAAUACGACCUCGCCCUCCUCCGCUCCGACGCCGUCUCCGGCCUCACCAUCGCCAGCCUCGCCAUCCCUCAGGGAAUCAGUUAUGCGAAGCUGGCGAAUUUACCGCCAAUUGUUGGGCUAUACUCGAGCUUCGUGCCGCCAUUGAUAUACGCGCUGCUGGGGAGCUCAAAGCACCUGGCAGUGGGUCCAGUCUCCAUAGCCUCGCUAGUAAUGGGUUCGAUGCUCAGCGAAGAAAUCUCGCCGACUCACGACCCGAUUCUGUACCUGAAGUUGGCCUUCACUUCCACCUUCUUCGCUGGGCUCUUCCAGGCCUCACUCGGCCUGCUCCGGCUGGGUUUCAUCAUCGAUUUCCUCUCCAAAGCGACUCUCGUCGGGUUCACCGCCGGCGCCGCCAUCAUCGUCUCGCUCCAGCAGCUGAAAGGGCUUCUGGGUAUCGUUCAUUUCACGGGGAAGAUGCAGUUCGUCCCUGUUAUGUCCUCUGUUUUCCAUCAGAGAGAUGAGUGGAAGUGGCAAACGAUUGUGAUGGGCUUCAGUUUCUUGCUCUUUCUCCUGACAGCAAGGCAUAUUAGCAUGAAAAGGCCAAAGCUUUUCUGGGUUUCUGCUGCUGCACCAUUAACAUCAGUCAUGAUCUCAACCAUUCUAGUCUUCUGCCUGAAAUCCAAGCUCCAUGGAGUCUCAGUUAUUGGUCAUCUACCAAAGGGAUUGAAUCCGCCAUCAGCGAACAUGCUCAAUUUCUCUGCUUCUUACUUGGGGCUCGCCAUCAAAACCGGGAUCAUCACUGGAAUCUUGUCUCUCACCGAAGGAAUCGCAGUAGGGAGGACAUUUGCUGCUAUGAAAAACUACCAAGUCGAUGGGAACAAAGAAAUGAUGGCGAUCGGUCUGAUGAACAUAGCAGGUUCUUGUUCAUCUUGCUACGUGACAACGGGAUCGUUCUCUCGAUCUGCAGUGAACUACAAUGCUGGAGCUCGGACAGCAGUCUCCAACAUAAUCAUGGCUGCAGCUGUGCUGGUUACACUCCUGUUUCUGAUGCCGUUGUUUUACUACACUCCCAACGUCAUCCUGGCAGCCAUUAUCAUAACGGCAGUGAUAGGACUCAUCGAUUACCAGGCUGCAGUCCGGUUAUGGAAGGUCGAUAAACUCGACUUCAUGGCCUGCUUGUGCUCCUUCCUUGGAGUUCUCUUCAUUUCAGUCCCCCUAGGACUUGCCAUAGCAGUUGGAGUUUCGAUAUUCAAAGUUCUGCUACAUGUUACAAGGCCAAACACUCUGGUGAUGGGGAACCUACCAGGAACUCAUGUAUACCAGAACAUCAGAAGAUACAGACAGGCUCUAAGAGUUCCGUCGUUUCUAAUUCUCGCGGUCGAGUCUCCUAUUUACUUUGCCAAUUGUACAUACCUACAAGAAAGGUUUGUGCAUAUGAUCUCAUGAUUAUCAUACCAUGAAAGGUUUGUCCCAAGUCAGUUCCUUCCUUACUGAUGGCUAGAAUUUUGUGUGGCUGCAGGGUAAUGAGAUGCAUAAGAGAGGAAGAGGAGUGGAUACAAGAGAACGGUGGCAGCAUGUUGAAGUGCAUAAUCCUGGACAUGACAGCUGUGACAGCAAUAGACACAAGCGGGAUUGAGUUUGUGAGCGAACUGAGGAAGACGCUAGAGAAGAGAUCGAUUCAGCUCGUGCUUGUGAAUCCAGCAGGGAGCGUGAUGGAGAAGCUACAUCAGUCUGAAGUGUUGGAGGCUUUUGGGGUGAAUGGGGUGUAUCUUACUGUUUCAGAUGCUGUUUCUGAUAUUUCUGCACUGUGGAAAUCAGAGGCAUAGAUGCAAAUUACAGAGACCCUUCAAGCUGAAGGAGUGAGAAAUUGAUAUUAGGCAACAACCCAAUUGGAAAGACUUCCCUUAGACAACAGCCCUUUUUUGUAAGCUUAGGGUUGAUGCCUCUCUUUUCAGCAUAGUAUAUGAGACUAUGCUUAGUGUUGUAUCUUUUUCUAGUGUACUCCCUUUCUCUCUCUCAUCUCAUGUCAG